AUCGAAUAUUUUCAUUUGUCAAAAUAAUCUGUCACAAACCUUGAUUCAGUUGUGGAGUGUUGAUUGGUUUUCAAUUUUGUAUUUAGGACUAUCUUCAGAGUGAAAGGAUGUCGGGGGCUAUCAAAAAGGCAACCGGAUUGACCGGGCUUAAUGUGGCCAAGAACCCGCACCACACAUUGACGGCUUUGUAUAACAAAAUUCUUCGGGCUGUAGCAAAAAUGCCACAGGAUGCGGCCUACCGGCGCUACACCGAGCAGAUUGUUUCGGAACGAGCCAAGAUUGUAGCAUCGACACCUGUGAUUCGUGAAGUCGAGGAGAAGAUCAACUGCGGACAAGUGGAAGAACUGGUCAUCCAAGCCGAGAAUGAACUGAUUCUGGCUCGUAAGAUGCUGGGCUGGAAGCCUUGGGAACCCCUGGUGAAACAAGCUCCGGCUACCCAGUGGUCUUGGCCACCAGCAAAAAUACACGAACUCAAGUAAGGUAGACAACUAAAUCGUAUUUUAUUGCUUGUUAGCUCUGAUGACCUGUAAAUACAGCUCUGAAUAAUUUAAUUAA